ACCGCGGCUGCGCGGCGGCGGCCGGGGCGCCGUCGGGCUGGGCGGCGGCGGCGGCGCUGGCGGUGGCGGCGACGACGGCGGCGGCGGACGGGAACCUGGCCUGAACCUCGCUGAGAGCAGCGGUAGCCGGCCGCGGGCCACCAUGUCGGCGCCGUCGGAGGAGGAGGAGUACGCGCGGCUGGUGAUGGAGGCGCAGCCCGAGUGGCUGCGCGCCGAGGUGAAGCGGCUGUCGCACGAGCUGGCCGAGACCACGCGCGAGAAGAUCCAGGCGGCCGAGUACGGGCUGGCGGUGCUGGAGGAGAAGCACCAGCUCAAGCUGCAGUUCGAGGAGCUGGAGGUGGACUACGAGGCCAUCCGCGGCGAGAUGGAGCAGCUCAAGGAGGCGUUUGGACAGGCGCACACGAACCACAAGAAGGUGGCGGCGGACGGCGAGAGCCGGGAGGAGAGUCUGAUCCAGGAGUCGGCCUCCAAGGAGCAGUACUACGUGCGCAAGGUGCUGGAGCUGCAGACCGAGCUGAAGCAGCUGCGGAACGUGCUCACCAACACGCAGUCGGAGAACGAGCGCCUGGCGUCCGUGGCACAGGAGCUGAAGGAGAUCAACCAGAACGUGGAGACGCAGCGUGGCCGCCUGCGCGAUGACAUCAAGGAGUAUAAGUUCCGAGAGGCCCGCCUGCUGCAGGACUACUCGGAGCUGGAGGAGGAGAACAUCAGCCUGCAGAAGCAGGUGUCUGUGCUCAGGCAGAACCAGGUGGAGUUUGAAGGCCUCAAGCAUGAGAUCAAGCGUCUGGAGGAGGAGACCGAGUACCUCAACAGCCAGCUGGAGGAUGCCAUCAGGCUCAAGGAGAUCUCGGAGCGGCAGCUGGAGGAGGCGCUGGAGACCCUGAAGACAGAGCGAGAGCAGAAGCUCAGCCUGCGCAAGGAGCUGUCCCACUACAUGAGCAUCAACGACUCCCUCUACACCAGCCACCUGCACGUCUCCCUGGACGGCCUCAAGCUCAGCGACGACACCGAGGCCCUGGCCAACGGCUUCGAGCAUGGCGGCCUGGCCAAGCUGCCCCCAGACAACAGGACCUCCACGCCCUCCAAGGACGGGCUCGCCCCACCCUCCCCCAGCCUGGUGUCCGACCUCCUCAGCGAGCUCAACAUCUCCGAGAUCCAGAAGCUGAAGCAGCAGCUGAUGCAGAUGGAGCGGGAGAAGGUGGGCCUGCUGACCGCACUGCAGGACACGCAGAAGCAGCUGGAGCAGGCGCGGGGAGCCCUGUCAGAGCGGCAUGAGGAGGUGAGCCGCCUCACAGAGAACCUCACCGCCCUGCGGCGCCUGCAGGCCGGCAAGGAGCGGCGGACGGCCCUGGACAGCGAGAAGGAGCGUGACAGCCACGAGGACGGUGACUACUACGAGGUGGACAUCAACGGGCCUGAGAUCCUGGCUUGCAAGUACCGUGUGGCCCUGGCGGAGGCAGGUGAGCUCCGCGAGCAGCUGAAAGCCCUGCGCAGUGAGCAUGAGGCCGGUGAGGCCCGGCACGCAGAGGAGAAGGGCCAGCACGAGGCCGAGAGCCAGGCGCUCACAGAGAAGGUCUCCCUGCUGGAGAAGGCCAGCCGCCAGGACCGCGAGCUGCUGGCCCGGCUGCAGGCGGAGCUGAAGAAGGUGAGUGAUGUUGCGGGUGAGACGCAGGGCAGCCUGAGCGUGGCCCAGGACGAGCUGGUGACCUUCAGUGAGGAGCUGGCCAACCUCUACCACCACGUGUGCAUGUGUAACAACGAGACGCCCACCCGCGUCGUGCUGGACUACUACCGAGAGGGCCCGGCCGGCGCCGGCCGCUGCAGCCCCGAGGCCCGCGGGCGCCGCUCACCCGUCCUGCCCAAAGGGCCUCCUGCCACAGAGGGUGGCGCGGGGGACAGCAGCCCCUCGCCCAGCCCCUCUCUGCCCUCGCCCCUGAGUGACCCGCGACGGGAGCCCAUGAACAUCUACAACCUGAUCGCCAUCAUCCGCGACCAGAUCAGGCACCUGCAAGCGGCCGUGGACCGCACCACAGAGCUGUCGCGGCAGCGCCUGGCCUCCCAGGAGCUGGGCCCCGCUGCAGAUAAGGACCGGGAGGCGCUCAUGGAGGAGAUUCUCAAGUUGAAGUCCCUGCUGAGCACCAAGCGGGAGCAGAUCACCACGCUGCGCACCGUGCUCAAGGCCAACAAGCAGACGGCUGAGGUGGCCCUGGCCAAUCUGAAGAGCAAGUAUGAGAACGAGAAGGCCAUGGUGACCGAGACCAUGAUGAAGCUGCGCAACGAGCUGAAGGCCCUCAAGGAGGAUGCGGCCACCUUCUCCUCCUUGCGCGCCAUGUUCGCCACCAGGUGUGACGAGUACAUCACACAGCUGGACGAGAUGCAGCGGCAGCUGGCGGCCGCGGAGGACGAGAAGAAGACUCUCAACUCCCUGCUGCGCAUGGCCAUCCAGCAGAAGCUGGCGCUCACCCAGCGGCUGGAGCUGCUCGAGCUGGACCACGAGCAGACCCGGCGGGGCCGCGCCAAGGCCGCCUCCAAGGCCAAGCCGGGCACCCCGAGCGUAAGUCACACCUGUGCCUGUGCCAGCGACAGGGCCGAGGGCACCGGGCUCACCACCCAGGUGGUCUGUGGCGAGAAGUAUAACAUUUACUGCGAUUAGGGCCACGGGGCCGCCGCUGCAGCUACCCUGCCGCACGUCACCUGUCCGCUUCACCUCCACUAACCCAGCAGCAGUGGGACCGCGGUGCUAGGCUGGUCUUAACCGUGACUAAUGCACAGAGGGAAGGAUGUGGCCGAGGCGGCGUGCUGUUCCACCUGGACCCUGUGAGCUUUGUGUCUGUUCUCACCCUUCACAGCAGCUGCUCUCCUGGUGGGGGAGGGGGUGCGGGGGGGUCCGAGUGAUGUGUCCUAGCACACAUGUGGCUUCCCAGGGUCUGUGUGCCGUUGGCCCCUGCCAGGGGUGGGGAGGGGGAGCAGAACCCGAAUUGAAACUUGCAUGUUCUCCGCACGUGUCUAAUGCAGCGGCGUUAGCGGGUCCGGCCCGGUGCCAGGCGCAGCGUCAGGGGCCGCGCCAAGCUUGGCACAGUUCACAGAAUUCCUUCGUGGUUUAUGCGGCAUCUCACUGCACAGCACAUUCAGGACACAGUUCCCUCCCCAAGCCCAGAGAAACAGUAGCCCCGACUCCUACGUCCUCCGGUCUGGGCACGUGGCACGCACAGGGCACAGCUCAUGCUCGCGAGGUCCAGAGCUCAGCCUCUCUUCUGAGAUCUGCACACCCGUCUGGUGGCCUGUGAGGUGACAUAUUGGUAGGCCCAAGGCCUGGGGUUUUUCCUUGAGAAAAACUUUGUAAGUGCCUGGCCAAACCCUGUUCUCACAGGAAGCCCAUCGUUUUGUACUUAGGGUGUGCCAGCCUUCGUGGCAGGUUUCUGCAGCCUCUGCUCAUCAUCACACACCCCCAGAGCAGGGCUCUAGAAACCUCCAGUGGAUGGGCUGGGACAAGGGACUCCCACUCUGUAGCCAGAGCCCAGCCCAGUGUGGAGAAGGAGCCCCGCAUGCCCGGGGCCUGUUCCGCACGCAGGUGGUGCGUCCCCCUCAUCAGUGCAGUUGCAGAUGUGGGGACAGGCAGCAUAGGCAGCUGUAGGACUCUCCGUUCCCAGCGCUGGCGUCCACGGCCACCUGAGGUCCCACGUUCCUUUGCAGUAUUUCUCUUCCUGUUUCCCUGGGGGCUGCAGGACCCGAGGCUUCUGUCUUUCCCUGAAGGGCUCCUUGCCUGAUCUCUCCAUGCCCAGGGGGGUUUGUGUUGCCCCGAUACAGCUCUCGCCUCCUUUCCCAGGCGUGUCUCGGUCCCCAGCAGACUCCAGGCACUGCACAGACCGCGGUGGGCUUGGCAGACAACCAGAGUAGGGGUAUGGCGGGCCCGGCCGUGCCAGUCCCGAGUACCAGGCUGCUUUGCUGAUGAGCUGUUGGGUCUCGGAUCCCUCUCCCAGCCGAAGAGGGGCCGGGCUGCUCCCUCUGCAGGCAGGUCUCCCAGGGCCCUGGCCGCCCGCCGGCCCGCCCGCCGCUGCCCGCCGCUGCUCUCCUGCUUGCAGGCGCUCCCUGAGGCAGUGGGGCUGGCGGCGCCUCCUAACACACGCAGGUCUUCUCUGCCGCCGACUAACGCACCACGUCCUGCCCCAGCCCGGGCGGCGGUCAUCUGAGCGGUGCUGGUUCUAACGCUGUCUUGUUUUCUCCCGUUUCCAGCUGUAGAGUAGCUGCCGGGAGGACUCGGCCGCGGCCCUGUCACACUGCAGCCCCUCCCCCUCCCGCGGGCCCACGCCGAGGAAGGAAGGGCAGCCUAAAAGUCCACUUAGAAACGUGUUUGGAUAUGCCACUGCAGUUCUUUCCAAGUUAGCAUUCCCUGAGUGUUUAAUGGCAGAGAGAAAAAAGCUUUAAUGUUGAGAAUGCCGCCAGCUGCUGCCUGGAAGGCCUCUGUGCAGCGCUGAAGAACCCGCUCGGACAGCGGCCACCAGGCUUGCUUAGAAACCCGCUAGAAACACUCAACACCGGGGCUCCCUGCUACAGACUCCCUUUUUUUAUCCGAUCAACCUGUGCACUUUUGAUAUUUUGAUAUUAUAUUUGCUUCCUUAAUCCCUCCCAUAGAGACGGUCUCAGAUGCCGUGGUCUGUCUCGUGGUCCUGUAGUGCUCCGUCUUAGCUCCCGCCGUGUUGAUCUGACAUCAGCACGUGGCAUGGAUGUGUUUUCCUAGCAUGUAGCUGUAGACUGUUUAGAUGGAGGCCUCGACCCGGCAAGGAGCUCAGCGAUACGUGUCCGCGCUGUGGUUCAGCAGCCUUUUAUGUUAACACGGCAUUAUGGUUCAUGUUUGAAAUUACAGAUUUUAAAUGCCAUGUUCAUUAAGAAAUCCAGGGUAUUCCAAUUCUGGGGUUUUUCAUAUUGUAUUAUUAUUAUUCUUAGGAAUAGUUCAAUGUAACAAGAAGAAAACUUGACCUUUGCUCUGGUUAAACAGUAAUAGGCACUUGAAAACAAAAAGAUAAAUUAUUGAGUGAGUAGUAUUACCUACAAAUUCCAGAAUCUUCUGGGUUUUGGGACAUUGUGAAGCAUGACUGAUUAACAGAAUUUUAUACAACUGUUCCAGUGAAAUUCCAAAUUGGAAUUGUUUUGUUACUCUGGUUGUUGUGCCAAAUUGUGGUACACUUAGAAAAUCCUACAGUCGUCGAUUUUUAGGGUGUUCUAUUUCAACACCUUUUUGUUAGUAAUCAUUGCCAGUAGUGCCUUCAUCAGUAAAGGGAGGUGUCCCAGCGUAGUUUCGGCUCUGACAUGGAUAGCAAAGAGCUAGUUGGGAGUGUUGCAGGCCAGGGUGGACCAAGAGGUGUGAACGGGCGCACACCUUCGUGCCUGAGCCUGGGCAUCUUCAUCGAGGGAAAGAAAACAGCAAUUGUGCGAAAUUCUGUUAGUCAGUGAUUCUUCACCGUGCAGAUCCUUGCAAAUUCAGGGGCUGAGAGAAGGAACGUGAACACACACGCAUUGAGUGUGCUUUGGGAACCAAAUGGACCUGGGGGACAAGCUAAGCAGGCGGUGCCAACAGCAUGCCACGUUUGCGAAGAGCAGGAGGCAGGGGCGCCGGCGCCGUCGGCCCCGUGCGCUGGGGCGAGGGCUAGCCGUAGUACUCUCCGCAGCUGUGAGGAAGAGACGUUCUAUGUUCUCUGGCUUGGUGUAACUAAUCACUGUUCAUUUCAGGAAACAGAACUCGGUAUAGCUCCUCAGCAACCCAGGGCUGUGUCCUGUCGGGUUUGCUGAGUGAGGCUGCGCUUACGGUGAAAUUGGUACUCACAGAGGAAGAAGGUGUCUUCCCUUCUCCAAAAUAAAGGACAAAUUAUAAUAAUAUUUAAGUAGCAAGAAUAAAAGAAUUCUGUUUCCUGGAAUAAGCAUUUCUUAUUCCUAGUUAUAGGGACCCCUAUUUUUACCUUCUAUUACAGUGUUGGUUCAUAAGAAACAAUGUUACAUUUACGAUGACUUCAUCUGUAUGGGGUAUUUAUUUGCAAUGAUGUCUGAGUACUGUAUUUUUUUUCUGUGCAUUACCUUAGUGUCAGAAAUGUUGUCUUUAUUUUAAGAUCAUAUGCAUGUUUUCCUGCCAAGGAACCUUUACACAGACCCUAACAAACAAACAAAAAAUGCCUUCAGAUUCUGAGGAAAUAAGGCAGAGCCUGGAAAAGGACUAGGACGGAGCAGUCGCUCUCAACUCGGGACGCGGGUGAACGGCACGAGUGUCUGCAAAGCCAGUGCACAUAGGAACAGUGGGCCUGGUAAGGGUCACGUUGGUAGGACCAAUAAAUAAAGAAUAAUACAAAAGCA